AUGAGCGAAAACGGAUUUCCUAGAAAUAGUAUGUAUUCAGCACUGACUGAAAACCCACCAGUUAUUCCUGAUAGUUAUCAAAACGAAGACUCUGAUAAUGAUACUCGUAGCAUUAGAAGUGACAUUGAACGACCUUUGUUGUUUUCUUUCAAUUCACCCCCGGCGUCACCACCUAUAUCUCCGCAACUUUCUCCUAUUAGACCCUCGCGUAAAUGGUCUACUUCGAACCUUCAGAAUGUAAUUGAAUCGACUCCACAAGUUAAAUAUAUAAAAAACAUGAUAUCCUUCUAUAUGCCCCGACAUAAAAUAAGACCAUAUUUUCGAGGCGCUUGUAGACGAUUAUUAUCGUUUAUCUUAAUAUUGAUUGUAUUAUUUACCGUGUUGACCUUUGUGAAAUAUAAAGCUGUUCCAAGCCCUUAUCUUUAUGAUGCCAUUGACUUUUCGUGGAAACCCAUCGAGCCAUUAAGUUAUCUAAAACCAAUCAAUGAGUCAUUUGGUGAAAUAAAUUUGUUAUUGGAUGCGAAUGGAUAUAGUGCAAUUAUCGUAAGUGAUCACAAUACGAUUAAAGGCGGGUUACUUGCUCAACAAAUUGCGCAUGAAAAAUUCAAUGAUUCUAUUGUGGUAAUUCCAGCAAUGGAAUAUAGCUCCUGCCGCAUUCAUAUGAAUUUAAUAGGUAUUAACGAAUCAAUUCCAUUUGGACCUCCUUUCCCAUCAGAUGAAGAUUUACAAAAUGCUAUAAGACGCACUCAUGAGCUUGGUGGUCUUGUUUCGGUGAAUCAUAUUCCAUGGAGUAAUAGCACCGAGUUUUGGUAUCAAACUGGUACAUUGCGGAAUCAUCCAUCACGUGAACAGCUUUUAGAAUGGGGCGUUGACGCAUUCGAAAUCAUUAACGGAGAUACUUUUGACUGGGAAUCUUAUAAAUUUGCUCAAAACCAUAAUUUAUUAAUGCUUACUGGCUCCGAUGUACACUCACCUUCGAGUGGUGCUCACGCGUGGACUACCAUCAAUGCCAAAGAUAGAUCAGUUGCCGGAAUAAUGUCGGAACUACGUGAAAAGCGGACUAGCUUUUUAUUUGAUGCUACUGGAACUCGACCUCGAGCCUAUCCGAAACCUAAUCCAGCUUAUUACAAAAUGUUACCUAUAAUAUUACUUGCCGACUACUGGACUUCUUUUUACACUGAAACUCGUG